AUGAUCUUCUGCUACUCCCGUCCUGACUAUGAUUUUCAUAGGAAGACCCAGCAUCCCGGUUAUGUUGAGACUCCUGGUCGAAAAUCGCGUUCACGAGUAUCAGGCACCGUUGCUGUUCACCGAAACCUCUCCAAGACGCCUGAUCCACCCAUAAAUGACACCGUUGAGGUAGUGAUAGAGGACUUCUCGAGAAGAAAACAGACCACUCAGACUCCCAAAGGCCAUAUGCCAGACAGGCAUCUUCCCAAUGGACACCUUCCGAACAGUCAUCUUCACGGAAGCAAGGAGGUCAACGCUCCGCGAAUCAUUGAUGGAUGGUACGAAGGAACAGACGCACGAGUUGAUAGUUCCGGCCACUUCGAAUUUGGUGGAUCAUGGGGAGUCUCAGCAAUGAUGAUAGGAUUUCCAAUGCUCAUGUACUACAUGUGGAUCGGAGCAACAUACUGUGAUGGGCGUUUCCCAACCACCCUUCCUAGCGAAUCCUUGACCACCUUCCUUAGCAGAAUGGGUCAAAUAAUCUACACUGGCGCAUUCCCGUCCCUUAAAGCAUGGGCAAUCUACUGGACUUUCUUCCUCUUCGAAGCGGCCUGCUAUCUCUACCUCCCCGGAAUCUACACCAAAGGCAAACCCCUCCGCCAUGCCAACAACAAGCAAUUGACCUACUACUGCUCCGCCCUCUGGUCAUUCUACACAACCCUCUUCGUCGCCGCCCUUCUCCACCUAACCAACAUCUUCAAACUCUACACCAUCAUUGACGAAUUCGGGCCCCUGAUGUCUGUCGCCAUCAUCUCCGGCUUCCUCGUCUCCAUCCUCGCGUAUGCCUCCGCGAUCCUUCGCGGCGCCACCCACCGCAUGACUGGCUAUCCGAUCUACGAUUUCUUCAUGGGCGCCGAGCUCAACCCACGAAUGUUCGGUCUGCUAGACUUCAAAAUGUUUUUUGAGGUCCGAUUGCCUUGGUAUAUUCUCCUGCUUGUCACCCUAGGGACAGCAGCCCGCCAAUACGAAACCUACGGCUACGUCUCCGGCGAGGUAGCUUUUCUGUGUAUGGCGCACUUCCUCUACGCGAACGCCUGCUCAAAAGGCGAGGAGUGCAUUGUGCCCACUUGGGACAUGUACUACGAGAAAUGGGGGUUCAUGCUGAUCUUCUGGAAUCUGGCGGGUGUACCGCUGAGUUACUGUCACUGUACCAUCUACCUCGCGAAUCACGAUCCAAGUAUUUACCGCUGGAACCGGCUCGCUCUGGCCGGCCUAUUCGUGCUUUAUCUCUUUGUAUACUGGAUCUGGGACACGGCGAACAGCCAAAAGAACCGCUUCAAAGCCCAACUUACAGGGCACGACAUCGAACGCCGGAAUUUCCCGCGGUUGCCGUGGCGGACGAUCAAGAACCCAAAGACAAUCCCCUCGGCAAGCGGAGACGUCAUCUUUGUCGAUGGCUGGUACGCCUACGCCCGCAAGAUCCACUACACGUGCGACCUCUUCUUCGCGCUCUCCUGGGGCGCCGUCACCGGCUUCAAAUCCCCCUUCCCCUGGUUCUAUCCGGUCUUCUUCGCCUGCAUGAUCACCCAUCGCGCCGUCAGGGAUAUCCAGCGCUGCCGAGCGAAGUAUGGAGACGCGUGGAGGGAGUACGAGAGGAGGGUGCCAUGGUUGUUUGUUCCGGAAUCAUUUGACAUCAGAGGUGGCUAG